AUGUUUGCACGGAGCUGUGGGGCUGGCGGGCGUCUACUUCUUCGACACGGCAGCUGCACCGCCCGACGAGCAUCAUCUCUCCGCGCACCGCAUGCUUUGGCUCGACGCAGAUUCACAUCCUCUGCUCCUCGACCGCAGGAUGGAGCACUUUCUCCUGCUACACAUCCGCUUGCCGGUGUGACCUCCGAGUUUGACCACAUAGCCCCACGUUUCGAAGUAGACCCUUCGCAGAUCGAGAUCCUCGAUAGCCCGGUCGUCUUUUACGAGACUUUAAAGGCUAAAAUCAGAGGUGCAAAGCGCCGGAUCUUCCUUUCGACGUUGUACAUUGGAAAGACGGAGCAUGAGCUGGUGGCUACAUUAAAAGAAGCACUUGAGAAUAAUCCCAAGCUCGAACUGUCCAUCUUGACGGAUGCAUUGAGAGGCACCAGAGAAGAUCCGAAUCCAUCAUGCGCUACACUUCUGGCGCCGUUGAUCUCGCAGUUUGGAGACAGGGUCAAGAUCUCCAUGUUCCAUACCCCGAAUUUGAAUGGCUGGAAGAAGAGAUUCAUGCCGAAGCGCAUCAAUGAAGGAUGGGGACUGCAGCACAUGAAGCUUUAUGGCUUUGACGAUGAGAUCUUGCUGUCUGGCGCGAACCUCUCUGACGACUAUUUUACCAAUCGACUCGAUCGGUAUCACGUCUUUUCUUCCAAGGAAUUGACCGAUUUUUAUUGCGCGAUCCAUGACGCCGUUUGUGAUUUGUCAUAUCAACUCAUGCCUUCUGAUCAGACUCCUGGGGGAUGGGAACUUCUCAGCCCUCAUGAACGCGGGUUUCCUGACCCUCUCUGGCACACGAAGAAAUUCAAGCAGUACGCGAAGCAGACUCUGAAACCUCUGAUACAGCCAAAAGCCAGACAGAAGAUAUUGCCGGUCCCGUUCACCGAAGACAAGACUUUUGUUUACCCGUUGGCACAAUUUGAUAUCCUUCUUGGCCAGCCGAAGAAAGUUGUUUUCCAAGACGAUGGAUAUGGCAUCCGUCACAACUCGACCGAGAAACCGGUCUUGAUCAAACUGUUGGGAAGUGUUGCUGAAGAUGCACGGUUGCAUGAUUCGUCGUGGACAUUCACGGCGGGAUACUUCAAUAUUGAUCCGGUCAUUCGCGACUUAUUGAUCGCGGCUGCACCGGACAGAAAUACACAAAAACAGGGGAUAGAGUCAGGUCCGCCUGAAAAGCCGUGCACUGUCAUCACGGCUUCACCCUGGGCGAAUGGCUUUUACGGGAGCAAGGGCGUCAGCGGAAUGUUACCCGCUGCAUAUACACUUCUUUCACGACGAUUCCUUCGCGAAGUUGCCCAAAAUGGCAAGGAGGACGUGAUUCAAUUGAAAGAAUGGCGCAAAGGCACAGUCGGAGAGCCCGAUGGGAUGACGUACCACGCCAAAGGUCUGUGGUUGACUCUACCCUCGAUCGCAGCACCCAAUGGAUCUAUGGUCGCAGAGUCGGGCCCGAGUGUGUCUCUCGUGGGAAGUAGUAAUUACACAAAGCGAAGCUACAGCCUCGAUCUUGAGGCGGGAGCUUUGAUCGUGACUGGCGAUGAAGAUCUCAAAGCAAGGCUCAGGAAGGAGACGGAGAAUUUACAAGAGAAUGCAUCGGUGGUCACACAGGAUGACCUGUCAAAGAUUGAAAGAAGAGUUGGGUUUAAAGUCAGGGCAUCACUUUGGCUUGUGGAAGCCCUUGGUGGAGCGCUUUGAGGUGUCAGACCAACUGGCCAGCAACAACGUCGCAACACAAGUUAUGGUUGCCAUGUACUUCCCUGUCCAUCUCUUUCAGCCCGAGUUGCCAGUUGCUGGCAAACGAUUCUUGCGAUCACUCGCAAAACCCGCAGAAAAGAAACCUGUUCGUGAUGAGGACAGCGGCAGCGGCAGGAGAUCAGCGUCAAAGCGGUCAAUGGGGACGAGCGCGUCGUUGUCGCAAUUUCUGCUGUUUGCGCUUGCGACAGGUCCUGGUGGACAGAUUACUCCAUGAGACGUUCUCGGCAUCAAGCCCGGUCGAGUCAUUCAAUAUUCUCACAUGAGUCACUGAGGCGACGACGAACAGUGUCUAGUCUUUGGACGAUGCGCGCGACAUGGAGGUAAGAGGAAUCGACAUGAAAGGAGAAAUCACAGAGGAUCCUGGAAGAAAAACUGAUGUUAGACACGGGGAGAGCGGUCGAUACCCGUUUGAUCCCCAACAUGAAUACCCUCGACAUCAACAGGUACUGUAAACACAGAUUUCCAACGACCAGAAAAUAAAAAUUUCUAUCGCCACUCGCUACUCUUCACUCAGCGACCAAAACGCAUGCGCUCGCUUGCACACACGCCGAACGCCGACAACGGUGUGACAGAGAGAUGGAUCUUCAUUGGACAGUUCCAUCCCUACUUGGAAAAUAGACAACAAAGAUUCUUUGAAGCGAAGGGACAGAGAAAAUAAUUGAUGCCGAGUCGGCCCUGUCUGCAUGAUAGUGGACCUCGGUUCAAGUCUAGGACAAUGGCGGUAAGGACACCGCCGCUUUGGGUCGACGUGGGUGUAAGAUCUACGAGUAUACAGCAGAGAUCUCGGGGGGUCGGAAUGGAGACAAUGCAUCAUGCAUCUAUGUACAGUAGU